GAGAGUUGUUCGUUUCGUCCACCCCUCCCGCCGCGCACGCACAGUGGUACGGUCCGGAGUGUGGCGCUGCACGGUCUCCCCCGCUCCAGUUCACGGUAAAACCCCCCCGCUGUCCACUCCCCGAGAAUCGGAAAGCGUCCAGCGGCCGGAAUCUGCCGUGUGUCGCCGGGGGAUGCUGGAGGAGAACCCGUGAAGCGCUGGGGGGCUCCAAACCACCACCACCAUGCGAAACGAAGGUCGGCUUUGUCUCGUCUUACAUGUGUGAUUUUAGUAGCGGCGAACACGCAGAAGUCCGGUCCGCAUGAGAGAGGCUCCUCCGCUGAGUCUCAGUCGUUAUUUGAACACUCUUUGACGGUGGCGAAGCAGCAGCAGCAGCAGCAGCGGGAGUCACGCAGAGAGGGGGGAGCUGAACCUCGCCGCGGCCGCUUGACAGGUGACGUCGCAGGGCUCCGGCYGGGGGAGAUGCCGCCGGUCCAGAGGACCAUGUCUGAUCUUCGAACCCGAGCAGAAGGUUAUGAAAAGACAGAAGACACAUCAGAGAAGACAUCACUAGCCGACCAAGAAGACGCUCGACAGAUUUACCUCAACCAGCCUCAGUUCACAAAGUUUUGCAGCAAUCGAGUCAGCACAGCCAAAUAUAAUGUCCUCACCUUCCUCCCUCGAUUCCUCUACUCGCAGUUCAGAAGGGCAGCCAACGCCUUCUUUCUCUUCAUUGCACUCCUGCAGCAAAUCCCAGAUGUGUCCCCCACGGGUCGCUGGACCACCCUGGUGCCGCUGCUCUUCAUCCUGGUGGUAGCUGCUGUCAAGGAGAUUAUUGAAGAUCUGAAACGCCACAAAGCUGACAGUGUUGUCAACAAAAAGGAAUGCCAAGUGCUGAGAAAUGGUGCCUGGGAGAUUGUGCACUGGGAAAAGAUGGAAGUGGGCGAUAUUAUUAGAGUAAAUGGCAGUGAUUUCGUGCCUGCGGAURCUGUCAUUUUAUCAUCCAGUGAACCACAAGGUAUGUGCUACAUUGAAACGUCUAAUUUGGACGGAGAGACAAACCUUAAAAUCCGACAGGGUCUCCAAGUCACUGCUGACAUAAAGGACAUAGAAAGUCUGAUGCGUCUCUCUGGGCGGAUGGAGUGUGAAAGCCCAAACCGUCACCUGUAUGAGUUUGUCGGCAACAUCCGCCUGGAUGGGCACAGCACAGUACCUUUGGGUCCAGACCAGAUCUUACUGCGAGGAGCUCAGCUCAGGAACACCCAGUGGGUCCAUGGUGUGGUGGUCUACACAGGACAUGACACAAAACUCAUGCAGAAUUCCACACGGCCUCCUCUGAAGCUGUCCAACGUGGAGCGCAUCACAAACUUUCAGAUCCUCGUGCUGUUUGGCUGCCUACUGGGCAUUUCUCUGGUCUGCUCGAUCGGCCAAACCAUCUGGAAGUACGAGUACGGCAAUGAMGCCUGGUACAUGGACCUCAACUCUCCAGAUGGCGGGGCUGCUAACUUUGGCCUCAACUUUCUCACGUUCAUUAUCCUUUUCAACAACCUGAUACCCAUCAGUCUCCUGGUCACACUGGAGGUGAUCAAAUUCAUCCAAGCCUUUUUCAUCAACUGGGAUACUGACAUGCUGUAUGAGCCCACAAACACACCUGCAAUGGCCCGCACGUCCAAUUUAAAUGAAGAACUAGGCCAGGUGAAGUACAUUUUUUCAGACAAGACAGGAACGCUGACCUGUAACGUGAUGCAGUUCAAGAAGUGCACCAUCGCUGGUGUGGCCUAUGGUCACAUCCCUGAGGCUGAGGAGGCUAGUUUUGCAGAGGACGACUGGCACAGCACACACUCAUCAGACGAGGCUGGAUUUAAUGACCCGAGCUUACUGGAAAACCUCCAAAGUAAUCACCCCACAGCUGCUGUUAUCCUGGAGUUCAUGACCAUGAUGGCCAUCUGUCACACUGCAGUCCCCGAGCGUACAGAUGGAAAAAUCACCUACCAAGCUGCAUCUCCAGAUGAAGGAGCUCUGGUGAGAGCAGCUCGAAACCUUGGCUUUGUAUUUUCUGGACGGACUCCAGACAGUGUGAUUGUGGAAAUGCUUGGAACAGAGGAAAAAUACGAACUACUUCAUGUGCUGGAGUUUACAAGCGCAAGAAAGAGGAUGUCGGUCAUCAUGCGCACCCCAUCUGGGAAGAUCCGCCUCUACUGCAAAGGAGCUGACACGGUGAUCUACGACCGUCUGGCAGACAGCUCGAGGUACAAAGAGAUCACAUUAAAGCACUUGGAGCAGUUUGCCACUGAGGGACUGCGCACUCUGUGCUUUGCGGUGGCAGACAUCAGCGAGUCGUCCUUUCAGCACUGGCAGGAGAUCCACCACAGAGCCAGCACCUCCCUUCAGAACCGAACCCUGAAACUGGAGGAAAGCUACGAACUGAUCGAAAAGCAGAAUCUGCAGCUCCUCGGGGCCACGGCGAUCGAGGACAAGCUUCAAGAUAAGGUGCCUGAAACUAUCGAGACUCUAAUUAAGGCUGACAUUAAGAUCUGGAUCCUGACUGGAGACAAACAGGAAACAGCCAUCAAUAUUGGACAUUCCUGCAAACUUCUAACAAAGAACAUGGGCAUGCUAGUGAUCAAUGAAGAUAGUCUGGAUUCGACAAGAGAAACUCUCAGCCACCACUGUGGAAUGCUGGGCGACGCCGUCUACAAAGAAAACGACUUUGCUCUAAUUAUUGACGGAAAGAGCCUUAAAUAUGCUCUUACGUUCGGAGUGCGCCAGUACUUCCUGGACCUCGCCUUGUCCUGUAAAGCCGUCAUCUGCUGCAGAGUUUCUCCUCUCCAGAAGUCAGAAGUGGUUGAGAUGGUAAAGAAACAAGUGAAGAUGAUCACGCUGGCCAUCGGUGACGGUGCUAACGACGUAGGGAUGAUCCAGACGGCUCACGUCGGAGUGGGAAUCUCAGGCAACGAGGGUUUGCAGGCAGCGAACUCCUCUGACUACUCUAUUGCUCAGUUCAAAUACUUGAAGAAUCUGCUGCUUGUCCACGGAGCCUGGAACUACAAUCGUGUCGCCAAGUGCAUCCUGUACUGUUUCUACAAGAACAUUGUUCUCUACAUUAUUGAGAUUUGGUUUGCAUUCGUCAAUGGUUUCUCUGGACAGAUUCUGUUUGAACGCUGGUGCAUCGGUUUGUAUAACGUGCUCUUCACUGCUUUACCGCCUCUCACUUUGGGAAUAUUUGAGCGCUCCUGUAGGAAAGAAAACAUGCUGAAGUACCCAGAACUCUACAAAACCUCCCAGAAUGCAAUGGGUUUUAAUACCAAG